GGGGAAGCGGGAGCGGCCCCGGCACGGGAGCGGGCGCACGGCCACACCAGUCCUGUGCCUCUCGGGGUUACUGGCGGCCUGACAGGGCUUCGGCGGCAGGCGGUCACUCUUUUCGGCUCGGUUCGGUUCAGCACGUCCGGCUUUCCCGGGGUGACCCGAGCUCCUUCACUCUCCUCUCCGUAAGGUACAGCCGAUGGGCGGCCCGGAGACCCACCCGGCCACUGCCGCAGGAGGCCCCGCCCGACCCGACCUGGCCCGGCCCGGCCCGACGGAGGCGGAGCUGCGCAGGACUCGCAGCCGCCGCCGGAACAGCCGCCGCCCGCGCCGGGGCCAUGGAGGAGUUUCACCCUCGUAAUGACGAGAUGAUCUUCAAUGCAGAUGAGGCCCACAAUAUAGUUAAGGAGUGCAUAGAAAGUGUUCUAGGUAAGGCAGAUUACAAUCACAACAAAGUCAACCAGUGGACUGCUGCUAUAGUAGAACAGUCACUGACACAUCUGGUAAAACUCGGAAAAACAUACAAGUACAUCGUAACCUGCGCAGUGAUGCAGAGGAGUGGAGCUGGUCUUCACACAGCAAGCUCUUGCUUCUGGGAUACCACAACUGAUGGAACCUGCACAGUGAGAUGGGAGAACCGAACGAUGAACUGCAUUGUCAAUGUGUUUGCUGUUGCUAUUAUCCUGUAGCUGACUGGAAGAUAAAUAUAAGCAACACCGAAGCCUUUAAAAAAAAAUAUAAUCAUCCAAACACAUGGCUAAAUAUUUCAAACCAUUAUUUGUUUUUGUAUGAGGAACAUACAUCCAGAAGUUCUCUACAGAGAGCAUACAGUCGAAGCCAGUUCUCAUAGAUUAAUUAUCUGAAAGCUAGCAAAAAAAUUUAUAUAUAUAUAUAUCUAUCUAAAGAGCGUUUUAGUAAUAUAAAUAUUCAGAAGUAUGUUAAUGAGAAGAUACCACAAAGAUCAGUACCAUUUAUCUCAGAGCUACUUUAUUCAAGAAGAACAAACCACAUCAAAUCAAAGGAAAGGUCAAAGGGCAAGCAAGACCUCUCAGGAUUGUGGUGCAUUUGGGAACAAAUUAUGGACACAAUUAUGGAGUGGAUAUACUGUAAACAAUACCGGUGCUUCAUGUUUGAUUAAACAAAGCUAACUGUCACACUGAAUGCUGGUGCUUGUGAUAUUGCAUGAGCAUCAUAUUUUGGUCAAAUCUGAACAUUUACAUGGAAAUGAUAUCCAGUUGAGCUUUUCCCCUGGAGGCAGAGGAUGACCUCUCUGGGACAAAGGUGAAAAAUACCUGGUAUUCCUAGCAGAAUUCUGAUUUAUCUUCAGGAUGCAGAACAUAAUAUUUCAUUCAGGGAAAUAUGCUGGGGAUCAGAUGUCAGCCCUUAAUUCAUAGUUGAUCAAUGUGAAAACGUUCUGAAGGUACUUAAAUUUGAUUUUAUUCCACAACUGUGACAAGCACUUUAUUGAUCCCUCAUGCAGUAGCCAGGAACUAGGGCAGUAGGACUGGACUCGUGUUAUUCCAGGUAGGAUUAAAGUGUUUGGAGAGAAGGCACACACAUUUCUAGAGGCUUUUGUUAGCUUUGAAAGCAUUUAUCUUAAAGCAACAUAUCUGUUCUUUAUAGGAAUGUUUCCUACAUUCUCUUAAGUCUAGAAUUGGAUCUUAGUCCUAGAAUACAGUUAAGUUUUGAGCACUAAGAAUUCCCCUCCUGCAAAGAUUUAUGCAAGUUCUUAACUUUGCUCAUCUGAUGAGUCUUAAGACUUGAAAUAUUCCAUGUGGAAAAAAAGCAUUUGCACUCAUGCAAGUAUUUGCUGUAUUGGGGCCUACAUUUUUGUCGAUUAAUGCACAAAUUCUAUGACAAAGAGAUGUAUCAAUACCAAAAAUGCCUAAAUGAUUGCUGCCACUAAGUGGCAGCUACAUUAAGUUGUUUUCUCAGAUGCUGCUUAGGGAUAGCAUUUUUUCCUUUAUUACUGCAUGUCUUUGGGAGAGACUACCUAACAGCUUUGGUGACUACCUAACAGCUACAGUAAAGCUAUUGGAGAUUUUAACAAAUGAAUAUGAAAGCACUAUUACACAGCAUUGUUGGGGUUUGGUUUUUUUUUCAGACAACUAACAAUUAGGGCACAUAGCAAGUGUCUUGUACAAGGAACAAAGUAAAACCCAUUUCAUUGCUUAAAUUGUGUAUAGACAUAGCUAGUAUGAGACUGCCGAGGGGAGGAGUGUACGUGUAGUUCACAGUACCGUUCAAAACCUUGUGCUUUGCAUACAAAUAGAGUUUCACUUUAGGUAAAAGUGCAAGUAAAAUGAAUACUGUAAGACUGCAUUUGCCUAGCAGGCAAGUGUAGUGUGAAGAUGUGUGUGUAUAUAUGUUGUACUGACCUUCAAAUGUAUAAAGAUUUAACAUUAUUUGGGUUAGGACAGCAAUGAUGGAACUAGGUGCCAGCAUCCAAGAGCUGAGUCAUGCAACUGACAAACAUGCAAGUAGUUUCACUGAUAUUUGGGAUUGUGCAAAGGUGAAAAAAAAUUAGUGGGGUAGCAAAUGGAAAAAGACUUGGUACAAUUGAUACCAUUAAGAAGUGGAUGAGUAAAAAUAGCUGUGACUGUUAUACCCCUGUAAUCAACAUUUGAGUGCCAUGGUCAGAAGAAAUAUUCCAAGCAGACAUUUGUAAUGUCAUUUGGGAUUUUUUUUGCUUUACUUGAAAUCGAGAUGUACCGAGUAAGACUGUCAGUUUAAUGAGGCUACUGCAAAAGAAGAAACCUAGAAAGUACUGCUUAAUUAUAAGACUGCUUCAUUUUUUCUUUCUACCAAAAAAAAUAAAGUUUUGCCUUAGUUGUA